GCUCCUCUCAGCUGACAGGGAGAAACAAACCAGAAGCCGCUGCUGCUGUUAAAGUCUUUAACCAGCCGGCGUUACAACCAUAAAUAUCGCCUAAACAUCGACGGUUUUUGCAGGAUGGUAUCCUGUUCAGGUUCAGCUCGCAAGCGAUGAAUGAAACGAGCGCCGAGGGGAGCGGACGGAGACCGGCGGAGGUUGUGUUAGCUUCGGGCUUCUCAGCCUUGCUUCUCGGGCUCAUCAGAGGAUGGAGCGCUGGUUGAGAGGGGAUGGCAAGCCGUCCGUGUCCCGGUGUCUCCUCUCUGCUUUCUUCCUGUCGCUCCUCGCGGUGCAGGCGGGCUGCCACGGUACCUGCAGACACUCAGCCCCCUCCCGCAGUGAGGUUGUCCAUCAAGUGUACUUGCGGCCUGAGCGGCUAACUAAGAGAAGUUCUCCUGACGAUCUGCAGCUGAAGAUAAAGAUCAUCUACGACAGCAGCGUAGAUCAACUUACUGCUGACAAACGAAGACUGGUGAAGGACAAGCUGUUUCCUCAGGCCAUUGACUACCUUCAGAGGGCUUUCAGCGUGAGGCGCAGGGUGGGACCCGUGCUGCUCAGCAGGCAAUGUGCAACCAACCAGUAUAUGAGGAAGAGAGGUGACCCCCAUCGAUACUGCCAGGAUGCCUGCGCAGACGUCACCCGCUGUGGUCCUGUCGUCGUACCACAGCACCACCUGCAGCAAUGUAAGGUGUGCAGUGAGUCUGGGAAGUCGUGCGGCCCAACGGGAGCCCCGGAUGGGCCCGGGGUGGACGGAUCAGACUUCGUUCUCUAUGUCAGCGGCAUCACCACAGAGCGCUGCGGACAGGAGAACAUAGUGGCCUACGCUGCCUACUGCCAGCUGGAGGCAGAGCUGGACAGGCCUAUAGCAGGUUAUGCCAACCUGUGUCCUGCCAUGAUCUCCUCUCAGCCUCAGGAGUUUGAAGGGAUGCUCUCCACUGUCAAACAUGAGAUCAUCCAUGCUCUGGGGUUUUCAGCUGGGCUGUUCGCCUUCUACCACGACGACGAGGGCAAACCUCUGACUCCUCGCUUCGCCAGCGGCCUGCCUGCGUUCAACGAGAGCCUGGGCUUGUAUCAAUGGAGCGAGGCGGUAAUCAGGAGAGUCAGCAGACUGUGGGACAUCAGAGGAGGAGAGAUGGUGCGGCACCAUGUGCACGUCAUGGUCACUCCUCGUGUUGUGGAGGAGGCGAGGAGGCACUUUGACUGUCCCAUCCUGGAGGGGAUGGAGCUGGAGAACCAGGGAGGAACAGGAACUGAACUCAAUCACUGGGAGAAGCGGCUGCUGGAGAAUGAGGCCAUGACGGGUUCCCACACCCAGAACCGGGUGUUUUCUCGCCUCACGCUGGCCAUCAUGGAAGACAGCGGCUGGUACCGGGCCAACUACAGCAUGGCUCAGAGGCUGGACUGGGGCCGCGGCCUCGGCUGCGACUUCGUCAUGAAGAGCUGCAAGUUCUGGAUGGAACGGCAGAGACGGAGGCGACACCCGGUGACCCCGUUCUGUGACACGGUGCGGGCCUCUCCUCUGCAGCUGACCUGCAGACAGGACCAGCUGGCUGUGGCUGUCUGUAACCUGCAGAAAUACCCCCAACAGUUACCCCUGGAGUACCAGUAUUUCGAUCAGAUCCCUGAUGUCUCGGAGGAUCAGCUGUCGUCCUUCGGGGGUGCUGUAGAGAUUGCUGAUUUCUGCCCCUUCAGCCAGGAGUUCAGCUGGCAUCUCAGCGGAGAGUAUCAGAGAAACUCGUACUGCAGAGUAUCAGAGAACCAGCCAGACUGGUGGAGGAAUUAUGGAGCGGAGCAGUACGGCCCGCACUCUGUGUGUCUGUACCAGAGGUCCGCCUUCGUCAUGGAGCAGUGCACCAGGAAGAUGACCUACCCAGACUGGGGCUCUGGAUGCUACAAGGUUUCGUGCUCGUCCCAGGGCCUCACCGUCUACGUACAGGAUCGCUCCUUCCUGUGCUCCCGGAAGGGUCAGCUGCUGAGCGUCAGCGUUCGGGUCAGCGACUGGGUUUACAACGGCGUCCUGGUCUGCCCGGCCUGCACCGACUUCUGUGAUGACUGCCCCCUGCCCCACCAGCUCCUGCCCAUGAACACCUCCAGGAGCGAACCCAUCGAUCCCUGCUCCAGUUCGCCUGGUCUGGCCAUUACUCUCUGGCUCCUUCUGCUCAACCUGCUCCCACUAGUGGCUGGACUGCUGAUCUGCCACUGCAGCUGAUAAAACACACACAUACACAAACACCCACAUGUUCACAAUAAGGUAGCUAAAACUCUACGGUACUGUAGCCCUCAGAGGUCUUGAUGACACUCAUCUUUCCUCCUCUUUAUAGUUCUCCCUCCUUUUAUCCUGAAACUGGAAAAACAACAAUCCUGAUACAUCCUUGACUCCCUCUUCCUCCAUUCUCAGCCCUUUUUUAACCUUGUUUCAUCUCAGGAUCUUCGCUCUUCCAUUCCUCUUUUGGGGUUUUAAAUGAUACAACUCUCUGUGUCUCUCAGUGCUGUCUGCAGCAGAAUGGUGUGUUUACAUGCACUUCAAAAACCAGGUUACACUCAGCCUUCAUGUAACUAAGAACCCGAGUCACUUUAUUCAGGUUGGAGACGCCUGACUCACUCCUUUGCCUACAAACAUGUUUACGCUUCUAAGAGCCAGGAGGUUAUCUCUGCCUGGAAGAGGUACCGGUACGUGGAUUUAGCGGCUCGUGUCGAUACUCGCUAGCAAACUGUUCUUUCACAGGGAUCCUGUCUUUGGUCGAGCAUCAGAUAUUUUAGUUUGUAGCAGGCAUGUUAUAAACUAAUACUUCUUUUCUAAAACUACAAUUUCAAUAUACAUAUUUCUGUUUCAAAAAAGCACUUUUAAUGUAGGAAAAAAUCCAGAUGGAUUUUUCUUUAUCGUUAAUUGAGCAAAGUAAACUUUCUAUAAAACCUUUGAGCUCCGUUCAGACCUGGAAUGUGUUUCCAUCCUGAACUGGUUCCAGUCUUGGAUAAACCACAGCAAACAUUUCGUCAUGUGACAGCAUGAGGCUUUGGACAUAAAUUGAUCUGUGAAGGAUUUGUUAGCAUCAAAGAUUCAUUUAGACACUAACCUGUGUGAAACUCAUCUGAGGGACAUUUUUAUAAAGUUUAUGCUUCACAGAUCUUUAUUUUGUCAUCUAUAUAUUGAAGGAACUAAAGAUUAAACUUUUCCACCUCAGACAGCUUCAAUAUCAGCGCACAGACACUAAAGAUUUAUACCCAAAAAACAGCUGCUCUGCGCACCU